CAAAGUUCUUCAGGGCUUGACGGCGUGCUUAGUAGAAAUUUUGUGGUUAGAGCUCCGGUUGUCUUUGAGUGAGUACUAAUAGCUGGUAGCGCCACGUCUAUUGAGCUGUUUUCUUGUGCUCUGAUCUCCAGCUUCUUACAUCAGAACAAUCUCGUCGCGAACACUCUCUACGUACUCUCCUCACAAUGGCGUCCAACCCACCUGGAAAAUGCUGCACCAUCGGUGUCAAGCAUGAAGGCACUCCAACAGGCUCCAAGAAGAAUGCUGGUGGCAUCGACACAUACUUUGCCUACCCAGAGUCGAAGCAGACCGAUACCGCAAUCCUUAUCCUCACCGAUGUCAUCGGUCACGACUUCGUGAACGCCCAGCUCAUCGCCGAUCAAUUCGCCGCAAAUGGCUACUUCGUGGCCAUGCCUGAUCUCUUCGAGGGCGACCCGAUCCCGCUCAACAGACCAGAUGACUUCGACAUCAUGAAGUGGCUCACAACCUCGGGCCCCAGCGGAGGCCACACUCCAAAGCAAGUUGACCCUAUCGUCGAGAAGGUCAUCAAGGCUCUCAAGGAGGAAUAUGGCGUGAAGAAGUUGGGCGCUGUCGGCUAUUGCUUUGGUGCUAAGUAUGUUGCACGAUACCAGGCCAAGGGCAAGGGUGUCGAUGUCGGCUACGUUGCACACCCUUCGUUCGUCGACGCAGAUGAGAUCAAGGCGUUGGCUGGUCCUUUCAGCAUCGCUGCUGCUGAGACGGAUCAGAUCUUCCCAGCUGAGAAGAGACGGGAGACUGAGGAUCUUCUCAAGGAGCACACUAUUCCAUACCAGAUCUCUCUCUACAGUGGUGUCGAGCAUGGCUUCGCAGUCCGAGCAGACACCAGCAAGCCAGAGGUGAAAUACGCCAAGGAAGCUGCUUUCUUGCAGGCAGUUGCGUGGUUCGACGAGUUCUUGAAGGGUAGCAGGACCUGGGCCGCGUAAAUUUGCUUCUGCGUCAACUCACUACCAGAGCAUUGAAGAGGCGGCUGCCAAGUCCAGUCCCGCUCACAAGACAGAGCCCGCUUCUGUAAGAUAGAUAGAAGCAUGACGAAAUCUUCAGAACAAUUAUGACGCAGACCGUGGAUACGUCCUCAGCUCAUUCCACCAGGUAUCGCUCGUUGUAGUCUCGUAGCCUCAGCAGCUGCAGUAAAGGGUCCGUUGAUGCGCCGGGAUUUAGCUCGCCUCUGUGCUGAUUGCAGCCCGCUAUGCCACAGCCUUGCGGACAGAGACAUUCGGACAGGUUUCGGGUGAUGGUGUCGACGAGGUUCAUCAGUAGUUGAGUGGUCGGAAGCGGCGUGCCCUCGGCACUCCAUUGCAUCUUCGACACCUGUCCCACAGCAACGACUUGAGUACAGUAGCGACAGCCCAGGCAUUC